GAAAGAUCAUUGGCAGAUUGGAAGCUACACCCUACUCUUGGCCCUAUAUGGCUCAUUUAUUAAUUCAAAAUGUGUCACAUGAAUCUGCAUGUGGAGGAUUCCUGAUUCGCCAAGAUGCAGUGCUCUCAGCAGCUCACUGUGUGGCUGGAAAAAUGAAAGCAAGUAUCACCAUGACCCUGGGAGCCCGCAAUGUAAAUAGGAAGGAGCUGAGCCAGCAGAAGUUCCACGCUGGCCACUGGGUCAUCCAUCCCAACUAUUCAGGGGCUACUCUUGUAAAUGACAUCAUGCUGCUGCAGCUGAAGCCAAGGGCCAAGCUGACUAAGGAA